AUGAAAUCCUUCUCGGUCCUUGGUGUAUCUACAUUGGCUGCAUUCGUUACUGCCCAAUCUGCGCCAAAUUUCCCCGUUCAGGUCGACACCAACCUUCGUGUCGACUUCCUCAACAGUUCGACGAGCGUUAGCCCACCGGGCACUCUGCUGCCCCGAGACGAUGUUCUCUAUGGCCCAACAGUGUAUGGCCCCGAAAACGCCACGGAGGAAGCCACAUACAUGCUCUUCAUGGUUGACGAGGACGUUAACACGGGGAAUGGUCCGCGGGUUCAAUUGCUUCACUACUUCCAGCCCAACCUUGUCGGCAUCAACCACGAAUUGUCCGUUGAGCCAAAUGCACGAAAUGCCACGACGGCCGUCGGCGCGGAGUAUCUGACUCCCUCGCCGCCUGCAGGAGAUGGACCGCACAGAUACACGUUACUGCUCUACCCUCAGCCCGAGGACUUUACUGUUCCGCAGGCUUAUAUAUCAUUCAGCCCACCCGCCGAUGUGAAUGCGAGAUACCCUUUCAACAUGUCUGGUUUUGCUGAAGCUGCUGGUCUGGGACAACCGAUUGCCGCCAAUUGGUUCCGCGUGGUGAAUGACACAACCAGCACUGAGACUGGCUCGUCGACAACCUCGACGGCUUCGGCUUCGUCCAGUGCAAGUGCAAGUGCAAGUGCAAGCUCUUCAGUCAAUUCUGCAGCAGGUCUAGUCGAAGUGCGUGGGAGUGCGAGCGAAUUGGUUGCAGGACUUGUAAUGGGCAUGGCUGGUGCAUGGCUUUGGAUAUUCUGA